AUGGCAGGCCCAGUGCGGCAGCCGAUUGACCUGGCUUCUCUGGAGCGGUACAUCGACAGCAAUGUCCCCGAGAUCAAGCCGCCCCUCGAGUUGAAGCAGUUCGGGUUUGGUCAAUCGAAUCCCACGUACCAGAUCACCGACUCCAAGGGAACCAAGUUUGUGAUGCGCAAGCGGCCUCCGGGGCAAUUGCUCUCCAGAACCGCCCACCAGGUCGACCGCGAGUACAAGAUCAUCAACGCCCUGGGCAAAACGGACGUGCCCGUGCCAAAGGUCUACUGCCUGUGUCAGGACGACAAUGUCAUCGGCACGGCCUUUUACAUCAUGGAGUUUUUGGACGGGCGCAUGGUGACUGAGCCGCACUUUCCUGGGUUCAGCCCCGAAGAGCGAAGAGAAAUGUGGCACGACGCGGUUCGCACGCUCGCAAAGUUCCAUCGGGUCGACUUCAACAAGGUCGGCCUCUCCGACUUUGGGCGGCACGGAAACUUUUACGACCGCCAGCUGAAGACGUUUGGGACUCUGUCAAAGGUGCAGGCCGAGGCGGUCGACGUCGAGACCAAGAAGCCCGUGGGCGCGAUCCCGCACUUUGACGAGAUGGUGGCCUUUUUCAAGCAAAAAUCGACGCAGCCCAAGGACCGCGUCACGCUGAUCCACGGCGACUACAAGAUCGACAACCUGGUGUUCCACAAGACGGAGCCGCGUGUCAUUGGCAUCUUGGACUGGGAGAUGGCCACUAUCGGCCAUCCUUUGUCGGAUCUGGUCAACCUGGCGGCGCCGUGGGGUUGGGUCGGGAGAAACCUGGGCACGGCUCACGCCGACAGCGGGAACGAAGCCUUCAGGGACGGCGUCACCCCGGGGCUGCCCACCUGCGACGAGGUCGUGCAGUGGUACGCCGAAGCCUCGGGCUACGACGCCGCCAGCGAGUUCGCCUGGGGUAACGCCUUUGGCGGGUUCCGGGGAGCGAUCAUCAUGCAGGGCAUCGCGGCGAGGUACGCCCGGCGGCAGGCUAGCGGCGUGACGGCCAGAAACUACGGUGCGCAGAUGCCUCUAUUUGGAGAGUGGGCGUAUAGCUUGGUCAAGAAGUUGCAGGAGUCGUCACCGGGCAAGGCCAAGCUAUGA